GACUCUGGCGGCGCGGGAGUUCGCCGGUGUGCGGAGUGUAGGGGUGCGCGAUCGGUGCCGUGCGGGGCAUAGGGGGAGCGCCGCCAUUUUGGGGUUCAGCCGCCGUCAGCGCUCCUCUCCCGCGGUAGGACCGUUGUGGCAGCGCUAUGUCGUCUCCCGCCUCCACGCCCAGCCGCCGGCGCGGCAAGCGCGGGCGAGGCAGCAACCCGCCGACCCCGCAAGAUGCCCGCUCCCCUCCUUCUCAGAGGCGCCGCCCGGACGACUCCGCUUCCACCGGAGAGCUGCAGCCGCUGCCCACCUCCCCGCCCGCCGAGCAGAGCCCCCGCGCUCCCGACGCCCUCUUCUCCAGUCCCCCGCAGUUCCGCCACUCGGCUAUUCCUCUAGACUUUGAUAUCAGCUCACCACUGACCUACGGCACGCCCAGCUCCCGGGUGGAAGGCACCCCACGCAGCGGCGUGCGGGGGACACCCAUCAGGCAGCGGCCCGACCUCGGCUCUGCCCGCAAGGCCAGGCAGGUUGACCUGCACUCAGACGGGCCGGCUGAGGAUCUAGUCACAGCUGAGCAGUCCCUUGGACAAAGGCUUGUUAUCUGGGGAACAGAUGUUAAUGUAGCCUCCUGCAAAGAAAAGUUCCAGAAAUUUCUUCAGCGUUUCAUUGAUCCACUGGCAAAAGAGGAUGAAGACAUUGGCUUGGAUCUCAACCAGCCACGCUAUAUGCAACGACUUGAAGAGAUUAAUAUGGUUGGGGAACCGUUUCUGAACGUAAAUUGUGACCAUCUAAGAGCAUUUGAUGAAAAUCUUUACAGGCAGCUCAUCUGCUAUCCUCAGGAAGUUAUCCCAACGUUUGACAUGGCUGCCAAUGAGAUCUUUUUUGAUCGCUAUCCUGAUUCCAUAUUAGAACAUCAAAUUCAAGUACGGCCGUACAAUGCACUGAAGACUAGGAAUAUGAGAAGCCUAAACCCUGAAGACAUCGAUCAACUUAUCACCAUCAGUGGUAUGGUGAUCAGGAGUUCCCAGUUAAUUCCAGAGAUGCAAGAAGCAUUCUUUAAGUGCCAGGUCUGCGCAUUCACCACAAGAGUAGAAAUUGACCGCGGCAGGAUUGCUGAACCAUCAGUGUGCAAGAACUGUAACACAACGCACAGUAUGGCUCUGAUUCACAACAGGUCCAUGUUUUCUGACAAACAGCUGAUCAAACUGCAGGAAUCCCCUGAAGAUAUGCCAGCCGGACAGACACCUCAUACAGUCGCACUGUUUGCUCACAACGACCUUGUUGAUAAAGUUCAACCGGGCGACAGAAUUAAUGUCACAGGUAUCUACAGAGCAGUCCCAAUUCGAAUUAAUCCGAGGGUCAGCGUUGUAAAAUCUGUCUAUAAAACCCACAUUGAUGUCAUACAUUAUCGCAAGACUGAUUCAAAACGCCUGCAUGGUGUUGAUGAGGAAACGGAGCAAAAAAUGUUUACAGAGGAACGUGUGGCAUUUCUAAAGGAGCUGUCUACCAAAGCAGACAUAUAUGAGAGACUUUCUUCAGCACUGGCCCCGAGUAUCUAUGAGCAUGAAGAUAUCAAAAAGGGUAUUCUACUUCAGCUCUUUGGAGGAUCAAGAAAGGAUUUCACUCACACAGGAAGAGGCAACUUCCGUGCAGAGAUCAACAUUCUUCUCUGUGGUGAUCCUGGCACUAGUAAAUCCCAGCUGCUCCAGUAUGUGUAUAACCUGGUUCCUCGAGGCCAGUAUACCUCUGGGAAAGGCUCUAGUGCAGUUGGUCUUACUGCAUAUGUGAUGAAAGAUCCAGAAACUCGGCAGCUGGUUCUUCAGACAGGCGCUUUAGUACUCAGUGAUAAUGGCAUUUGCUGCAUUGAUGAGUUUGAUAAAAUGAAUGAAAGCACAAGAUCAGUACUUCAUGAAGUAAUGGAACAACAGACUCUCUCCAUUGCAAAGGCCGGAAUCAUUUGUCAACUGAAUGCUCGUACAUCUGUUCUAGCAGCAGCUAACCCUAUAGAAUCACAAUGGAAUCCAAAAAAGACUACUAUUGAAAACAUCCAGCUUCCUCACACGCUGUUAUCAAGAUUUGACUUGAUCUUUUUAAUGUUGGACCCACGUGAUGAAGCCUAUGACAGACGCCUUGCUCGCCACUUAGUUUCACUGUACUAUCAAAGUGAAGAAAAGCUGGAGGAGGAGUACAUGGACAUGGCAGUACUGAGGGAUUACAUUGCCUUUGCUCGUGGUUAUAUAAAUCCCAGGUUAAGUGAGGAAGCAAGCCAAGCCCUUAUUCAGGCAUAUGUGGACAUGAGGAAGAUUGGGAGUGGCAGGGGAAUGGUUUCUGCAUAUCCUCGACAACUCGAGUCUCUGAUCCGGCUGGCAGAAGCCCAUGCGAAAGUACGCUUCUCUGAGAAAGUUGAAACCAUUGAUGUCGAAGAAGCAAAGCGCCUCCAUCGGGAAGCUCUGAAGCAGUCUGCCACUGACCCGAGGACUGGCAUUGUGGACAUAUCCAUCCUCACGACAGGAAUGAGCACAACCGCUCGUAAGCGGAAAGAGGAGUUGGCUCAAGCCUUGAAGAAGCUUAUCCAGUCCAAGGGUAAAACACCAACUUUGAAGUAUCAGCAGCUUUUUGAGGAUCUCCGAGCACAGUCUGACACAGCUGUCACUAAGGAGAUGUUUGAGGAAGCACUUCGUGCCUUGGCUGAUGAUGACUUCUUGACUGUGACUGGAAAAACUGUUAGAUUGCUGUAAGUUAGUCCUUCCUCGCAAGCCAGCUGUGGCUUUUACUUCGUCUUCUGUACAAUGCUGCCAGCUUGCAAGACCUUAAAGUUUUGGGACUCUAUCAUUUGCUGUAAGUGCCACUUAAUCUCUUGUGCUGAUAGAGCAGUAACCAUUAUGAAGGUCUUAAACGCUUUAGUUGAGUAAUGCUAUUUACAUUUGAGCAAAUGUAAUUACUAGUAUUUUAUUGCUGUGUUUUUAUGUUUUGUAGAAGAUGCUAAUACCACUGCACGCAUUUCCAAUGGAAUUGUAAAAAUUCAUCCUAAAUGACUGAUAAAUGCAGUUUGACUUCGCUGUUAUCUGUAAUAAAGUUAUUUGAUUUAAAAGCCUACAUGCAUAUCUUGUAACGAACACUUUUCAAUCUAGAAUUUCUGAUUGCUGCUAGAAAGCUUUGAGAGCAUGAAAGUUUUUUUUAAACCUAACUUGUGUACUUUUGUGUCUGUAUCUGCAAUAUAAAAAGAUAGGUGUUUUCUACUUGAAACUUAAGUUUCUUAAUGUAAUCUUAAUUAUGACUGGCUAAAUUAAGAUUCCACAAGGCAUUACAGUAAGGAUAGGUAAGUCCUGAAAGAACAAGGUUACAGUAUCGUGUGGCUGGAGAAUGUUCUCCUGUUUUAGCUUGGUAGAUACAUAUGCCCUCAGCCAUUGCACAUCAAUCUCUGCUACAGUUUAAAGAGCUGAACUAACAGAACAGUUCUCUAAUUCACUUCAGUGCAGCCAGCACUGUGCUCAUCUCAACUGCGUGCUUAACUAUUUCAGGUUAAAAGGGUUGAAAUAAGUACUCCUGCGUUGUGCACACCUGUACUGCUGCUUCCAACAGAGAUUAAGUGAACUUAUAGCAUUUGUAAAGGGGCCCCUUACCACCUAACUUUACUUGCUACUGGUUUGUUAAGAGCUUCACUGUAGCUGAACUUUCAGUGAUUUGCUUUCAGUGCAACGGAGCAACUUCCCUUCUAUUCUAGUUAAAAAUGUAACUGAUGUCAGAAGCAUUGAUUUAAUAAACUUCCAACCUCCCUUAAA